AUGACUGAAACUAACAUUGGUGUAUUUACUAAUCCAGAUCACGAUCUUUACGUCAGCUCAAUUGAUAAACCAUCAGCUGAGGAUCUAACAAGCGAUGAGGUUCUUAUUCAUGUGCGUUGCACCGGAAUAUGUGGGUCCGAUAUACACUUUCAAAAGCAUGGUAAUAUUGGUCCUACUAUGGUUGUAAGAGAUGAACAUAUUUUGGGCCACGAAUCCGCUGGAGAAGUUUUGGCUAUCGGGAGUAAUGUGAUUGAUUUGAAGCCGGGAGAUAGAGUUGCUUUAGAGCCAGGUGUACCAUGCAAAAAUUGCAGUCAAUGUUUGAAAGGUAAAUACAAUGGGUGUGAGUUCGUUCAAUUCUCUUCUACACCUCCAGUUCCAGGGUUUUUAAGACGCUAUAUCAAACAUCCAUCCAAAUUUUGCCACAAGAUUAAUCUGCUAAGUUAUGAGCAAGGAGCUUUGUUGGAACCACUUUCUGUUGUCUACAGUGGGGUCAGGCAAUUGAAUCUUUUGCUUGGGGACUCCAUUCUCAUCUCAGGGGCCGGACCAAUUGGAUUUGUUGCGGCAAAAUGUGCCGCCCUGGCAGGUGCCUACCCCAUAGUUGUAACCGAUAUUGAUCAGUCCCGACUUGAUUUCAUCAAGAAAGAGAUACCUACUAUUACAACGCACCUAGUUAACAAUGAUUUCGAAAGUAACUUUUCGAAAGUUUCUAGCAGCGGCAGGAUAAAGUUUGACAUUGCUAUUGAUUGUACAGGAGUUGAAUCAAGUAUUAAUUUGUUGGCUCAUGCACUUAACUUCGGUGGAAAAUUACAUGUUAUCGGUGUGGGAAAAGAUUAUCAAGUAUUUCCUUUCAUGACUCUUUCAGUCAUGGAAAUAAGCUUGUCAUUUCAGUACAGAUAUGCUAAUACCUGGCCAACUGCUAUCAAGUUAUAUGAAGGACAGGUCAUUAAUUUAGAUAACAUGAUAACACACAGAUUCAAACUUCUGGAAGCUGAAAAGGCAUUCGAGACUGCUAAAGACCCAAACUCGAGAGCUAUGAAGAUUAUGAUUGAAGACUAA